CUAGUAUCACCAAUAACAAAUAUGACAACGUGGAUCUUGUGAAUAAAGGCCUCGGUGCAUCGUUAUUUGGACAAGCUCCAUUGGGCAGGAGUUUGUUUCAGGAGCAAGGAAAUGAUCUCCUCUCCUCUCCGGGACAGGUUCAAUCAAUGACUCCGAGUGGGCUUUUCCCACCCAUAUCUGCCUAUUACCAUGGAGGACUUGAUCCAAAUCGGUUGGACAAAGUCAAGGCCUUUGCUCGUUGAGACAUGCAUGCGACAGAUCCUGGAGGGUUUGGCUUGGGUCCAUGAUGAGGCAGGGUUAAUUCAUCGGGACAUCUCAGCUUCUAAUAUCAUGGUGGCUAUUCACCCGACAGACAACAACAUCAACAAAUAUGAAGGAGAGCAGGCUCUACAGGGCUCUGAGGUCGGUAUCAUCCAAUGCUUGAUUUCUGAUUUUGGAUGCGCCACAUUUCAGAACCCUAAAGAGACCAUGGGUAAAGACAGAGAAGAACCAUUUGAUAAUCAACAAGAAUGUCGUCGUCAUCAAGAGAAGGAGAACAUAGAAUAUGAUCAACAAAGGUUGACCUUCGAAGUUGGGACUAGAGCUUACCGCGCCCCAGAGCUCUUGUUCUCAUCGGAAAAUUACACCAACACGAUCGACAUUUGGUCCGCCGGUGUUUUAUUUGCGGGAAUGUUUCUUGGAAGGAGACUUUUUGAAGCAGAGUCCGAUAUUGGUCAAGUCUGCGCCAUUGUAAAGGUGCUUGGGACUCCCACGGAAGAGAACUGGCCGGAAUAUCCCACCAUGCCGGACUAUGGGAAAUUAAUGUUCCAAGCCUUGGAGACAAACCCAUUGUCGAGCAUAUUAUUGCCCACCGGACCGACCUCGGAGGCCCCUCAACAUAAAGACAGCAGUAGCUCUCACAACUAUCUUGAUAAAGAAGGAGUCAGUGUAGCGAAAUGUUCAUCAUCCCCUGCAACUAUUUCUGAUACAGCAUUUAAAUUGAUAGAGAGUAUGAUCACCUACUCUGGCUCAGCACGUCCGUCUGCUCGACGAGCUCUUGCAUUCAAGGAUCAUUAUUUGGAGAGAACUAAACAACUGGAACCGGGUCAUGAGCGUCAAAGUGCUCAUGGAGAUCAAAUGGAGCAAACAAAGAUGCGUAAGGACUUUCUGGAACAGUGUAUUAUCCACGAGCAAACAAUUUUGGAAGAGAUGCAGAGAUUACGAGCACGUCAAGCAGAAGAAGAAGAAGAAGAGGGAGGGUAUGAUGGCUUCAUGUUCGGUGGCCCAAGAAGGCCUCCUGAGCGACCCAGUGAUGAUGAAGCUGGGUCUGAAGGAGAAGGAGAAGAAGAAGGAGGAGGGGAUGGAUAUCGUUCAGAUGAUUUGUCAGGUGAAGCGGUGGCUGGAUUGAGGCAACAGGGUGAAAUACGCCAUUUAAUGCCUGGGUUUGAGGUAGAAGGCGCAUAUGGAUUCGAAGAAUAUAGCGGAGAUUCAGCUGCACUGACUACAGCAGGCUCACCGAGGUCAAUUAAGCGGCACCGUGCCUCAAGUGGAGAAGAAUAGUCUCAACUUUUGUCUAUACCUUUUUUUUUUUUUUUUUUUUUAAGAUUUA